GCAGAAGUUGUCGUGUAACUUAGACACAAAAGCGCGACGAGUGUGGUAGACAAGGCUGCGAAGCGUCUCAUCUUCCCUGCCAUACGUUCGAAUGCACAAUGUUGCUGCGUUGCGAUCCUUUUCGCCCGCCCGCGCAAGAUUGAAUGAAAGAGACUGCGACGCAAAGUCAAGUGCGUGCGGUCGGUGGUGGAGCAAAAGUAUCGGAAAAGGUGCGUCCUGUCAGGGCUCGUUCUUGAAGACCAUUGGAUAUGGUGCUCAGAUGAUCAAAGGCAGACAUUUAUGUGAUCUGCGAAAGCAAGAGGAUCUCAACGAGGCGGUAAGCAGCAGGUCAAGGGCAGAUAUGGAGCGCUUAAUGACAGGUAGCACGUUCCCUCAAAGCGCGAGAUAUUGAACAGAAUCGUGGGCCGAACUGAUGAGGUGCUCACUCGCGGCAAGACGUCGCUCGGCACGUCGCUGAUGCAAGUGAUCAAGCACAGUCCCAGAUGAGAGAGAGACGCUUGGCACAAGCUGCCUAUCGAGGUUCGUCGACCCGUCCACAGAGGAGGCGGUAGCAGAGCAAGGUUCGAACGUGCGCCAAAGGGUCGAGACUUCGAGCAUGGUUGCACGAGAAUCUCGCUGGUCAGAGGAACGACAAACGUGUCAGUCUGCCACGCCACCCAAUUCGACCCAGCGUCGCCACAAUCAUUCGGUGGGGAUUCUGCGGGUGCUGGCCUCCUUCAUGCUUCAGCCCAGUAGAUUGCCAACGUGGAGCAGGAGCCCUUCUCCCGCCGCCGAGCAUGCCUGAGACAAAGACGUGAUCGAGGUGGACAAUCGCAUGGCCCGUGAAAAAUAGAGGAUGCGCGCAC